GAAAGAGAGUAACACGUACGUAUAAAUGCAACCAACCCUUCUUCUCCAUUUCUCUUUCUUUCCCAGAUCUUAAACGUUACUCUUUACAGUACAACUCCCUCUCUAAUCUCGCAUUAUUAAUCUCCAAUGGGAAGAGCAUUGUUGUACCUUAUCUUUUCUCUCUUCUUCCUCUCCUCCGCCGCAAACCACCGUAAAGUCGAAUACCUAAAACUCCCAUUACUUCACAAAGACACAUUCCCACCAAACCCUUCACAAUCCCUUUCCUCCGACCUCCGGCGCUUAAACACUCUUUACUCCUCCCUUAACCACCGUAGCAUCCGCUCAGCUAAACUCCCAUUAACUUCUGGCGCAUCUUCCGGCAGUGGACAGUACUUCGUCGAUCUUAAGCUCGGUACACCGCCGCAACGCCUCCUUUUAGUCGCCGACACCGGCAGUGACCUUGUUUGGGUCACUUGUUCUGCCUGCCGAAACUGCUCUUCCCGCCGCCGUGGCUCCGCAUUCCUCGCCCGCCAUUCCUCCACGUACUUCCCCUUCCAUUGCUACGAUAAAAAAUGUAGGCUCGUCCCCAACCCACGAGGCGUUGCGUGUAACCUCACGCGCCAACACAGUCCGUGCCGUUACGUGUACUCUUACUCCGAUGAGUCUGAAACCAGAGGAUUUUUCUCUACUGAAACGACGACGCUUAAUGCCAGCUCAGGCAGUGCUGUGAAGUUUAAAAAGUUUGCAUUUGGUUGUAGUUUUGAAGCGACCGGUCCAAGCAUUACCGGUCCGAGUUUUAACGGAGCUCAAGGUGUAAUGGGCUUGGGCCGCGGUUCGAUUUCAUUAGCGAGUCAACUAGGCCGCCGGUUCGGCAACAAGUUUUCUUACUGUUUUAUGGACUACACAUUAUCUCCAACUCCAACGAGUUACUUAUUAAUCGGCCGGUCCGCUCAAGUCAACGAUUCGAAAAUGAGUUAUACGCCGAUGAUAAAUAACCCAUUUACGUCGACGUUUUACUAUAUUGGGAUUGAAAGUGUUUAUAUUGAGCAUGUAAAAUUACAAAUAAACCCUUCCGUUUGGGCUAUUGAUGAGUUGGGAAAUGGCGGGACUGUUAUGGAUUCAGGGACAACAUUGACUUUUCUCGCCGAGCCGGCUUACCGGCGUAUAGUGAGAGAGUUUAAGCGGUUGGUUAGGCUGCCAGAAGUCAAUGACCCGACUCUUGGGUUUGACUUGUGUGUAAACGUAUCGGGCGUGUCGAGACCGAGUUUCCCUAAAAUGAGUUUCAAACUCAGUGGUGACUCGGUCCUUUCCCCGCCACCCGGGAACUACUUCAUUGACACCGCGGAGGACGUUAAAUGCCUCGCAUUGCAGCCGUUGGCGGCUCCCUCGGGGUUCUCGGUCAUCGGAAACUUAAUGCAGCAAGGAUUCGUGUUCGAGUUCGAUAGGGAUCGAUCGCGGAUUGGUUUUACGCGACACGGAUGUGGUUUGCCAUGAUAACUCGGCAACUCACUGAGUCGUGGAUACUUUUUUUUUUUGUUGAAGGGUGGGGUACAUUUUUUUUCCUGUGGAAAUUAAUAUAAGUCGAUUUGUUGUAGUAAAUUGUGUUAAAUAUAAUUUGUAUUCUUUGUCGUUUUUGUUUGUAUGAUUUUUAUAGGAAACGGCCAAAAAAUGUGGAGAGAGGGAAAAAUAAUAAGGGAGGAGAUGUUUUUGUUGCUUU